CGGUCUUGUUGCGGCCCUGUGCGUUGACAUGUUGCUCAGUCUGUCCUCAUUAUUCAGCUUCAUGUCACGGCCGUGGUGUGCUCGUGCCACCGGCAGGUUUGUACCGGAGAUGAUGCGGCUCGGGUGUGAACAGAAAGAGGAAGCGUUUCUCACAUAAAUAUAGUGAACAGAUCAAACAGCAGCCUGUGAGUGUGAGUGAGUGUCCGCAGUCAUGAAGUCGGUGCUGUUGUUGAUCUCUUCUCUCCUCUUCCGUGUGACCGGCGGCUUCCUCAUCAACUCUACCGGCGUCUCUCCACCGGGUGACGCGGGUGAGUCGGUGAAUGUGUCUCUGGAUGUGUCCCGGAUCAUCCGCCGGGUGGAUCCGCGCUUUCUGUCCGUCACCGUCGAUGCGAGCCUGGCUACCGAUGAGAAGUUCAUGUUCCUGCUGAGCUCUCCGAAGUUACGGACGUUGGCCAGAGCUUUAACUCCAGCAUUUUUGAGAUUCGGAGGGACUCAACAGGACUUCAUGGUCUUCACCCCUCAGUUCACCUCCAGCUUCACUGCAGAGAAAUCCUGUAAUGAACUGGAGCUGCCUUCAUGGCUGGAGGAGAAGCUGACGGAGGAGUGGAGUCAACAGGAAAUGUUGCUGAUGAGCGAAGAUCGGAAGAAGUUCAACCGAACAACGUACACAGAGUCCACCGUAGAUCUGCUGAACUCCUUCACCAACUGCACAGGGUUGGAUCUGAUCUUCGGGCUGAACGCUCUGCUCAGGACGGCUGACAACAGCUGGAACAGCAGCAACGCCCGUCUACUGAUGCAGUACUGCGAGUCCAGACAGUACAGGAUGUCCUGGGAGCUCGGCAACGAACCAAACAGCUUUAGGUUGAAGUCAGGUAUUUGGGUGGAUGGAUUACAGCUCGGUCAGGAUUUCACUCAUUUCAGACAGAUAAUGUCAAAAUCCAAAUUUUACCACAACGCCCAACUGUACGGGCCAGACAUCGGCCAGCCGCGAACCCACCGGACGAACCUACUGGAGAGCUUUCUGCAGAGUGGAGCAAAUGCAAUCAACGCCUUCACCUGGCACCAUUAUUAUGUGAAUGGAAGAGACACGUCAUUGAAGGAUUUUCUGGAUCCAAAACUUCUGGACGUGCUAAAGACAAAGACCGAUGAAGUCCUGGAGAGAGUGAAGCAGGUGUCUCCGGGGAAGCCGGUGUGGCUCGGAGAGACGAGCUCUGCCUACGGAGGAGGAGCCGAGAGACUGUCUAACACCUUCGUCGCAGGAUUCAUGUGGCUGGAUAAACUGGGACUGGCAGCCAGACUGGGUAUAGAUGUUGUGAUGAGGCAAUCCCUUAUUGGCAAUGGGAGGUACAACCUGGUCGACAACCAACUGGAACCACUUCCUGAUUAUUGGUUGUCUGUUCUCUACAAGAGACUCGUUGGACCGGAGGUUUUGGGAAUCAAAGUAUUGUCCAUUUUUGGCCGAGGGAAAACAGUGAGGCUGUAUCUGCACUGCACAAACAAAAGGAGCUACGGAGACGGAGCGGUCACAAUGAUAUCCAUGAACCUGAGUAAGAGGCCAGCCAGGAUCUUUAUGCCUGCACACGUGUCCUCCAGCACAGUGGAGGCUUUUGUCCUUCAGUCUGAGAAGCCGGGAGAGGAAGGACUCCACUCCAGCUCUGUGAAACUCAACGGACAAGUGUUGAAGAUGGUGGAUGAUAAAACUCUUCCUGACCUUAAAGGAAUCCGUCUGCCAGCAGCUGAACAUCUGGAGCUUCCUGCGUACUCUCUGGCCUUCUACGUCCUCACAGACGCUCGGGCCGCAGCCUGCCAGACGUCUCACUGAGUCAUCUUUCCUCAAACCAUCAAAUAUUAAUGUACAGCAGUAUAUUAAUACCUGCAAUACCUCAGAUAUCAAUAUACAGUAUACAUCCAAAAUAUGUUUUCAAGCACAGAUAAUGUUGAAUUUACAUUUCAAGAGUUUGUCUACAUCUAAAAACAUGUUUCCAUUUUUUUACUAUUCGCUGAUGUCAGUGAGUCAUAUCAGGGCACUAUGAUACCUCUACUACUGCGAUAAAAUCAUCACUUAUUUUACAUCAAAUGAGAGCUCCUUGUAAUAAUCCUGCUGACACAACAGAAUGUUAUUUUGACUAUUAGAGGAAACAGGGUUUGGAGUUUGGAGAAAUGAUGAAGAUACUGAAGUCUGUUGGAGGUGUUUGGGAAGUUAUGUGGUGCUCAUCUAAAACUGGAGACCGCAGGGGAAGAUGCACAUAUUCCUGCUGCUCAUGUUACGGGUAUUUAAGUGAUAAAGAAAUGUAUUUAUUAUUAAAAGCAGUUUUAAAGGAGUCACAGUCCUCUUUCUAUGCAAAAAUGUAUUUAAAAGUUUAUCUGAAGCUAAUAUGAAGCUUCAGCGUCCAAAUGAGUCAAAUCAAG